AUGAGACACAGGACCGUCGUGAAGGACUGGUUGAGUCGGAAGGGUAUUUUCUUCGUUGUUCCAUGCACUGAUGAAUACAAGAAAGUAGAUCUCCGGACUAUAUCUUUUGACGUUCCACCCCAGGAGAUAUUUACCAAGGACUCGGUGACGGUCGCCGUGGACGCCGUCAUCUAUCUCCGCAUCAAGAACGCGACGGCACAAUCUAUUCUGGACGAGGCCACCGAUCCUUGGGGAAUUCUGGUGGAGAGAGUAGAGUUAAAGGACGUGAGGCUCCCGGUGCAGCUUCAGCGUGCGAUGGCGGCGGAGGCUGAGGCAUCGAGAGAGGCUCGUGCAAAGGUGAUCGCUGCUGAAGGAGAGCAGCGGGCCGCGAGGGCGCUCAGGGAGGCAGCUGACGUCAUGGGGGAGUCCUCGGGCGCCAUGCAACUGAGAUACCUGCAGACGCUAAACUCGAUUUCGGCCGAGAAGAAUUCAACCAUCAUCUUCCCGAUUCCUAUCGAGAUGAUGUCGAAAAUGUCGUCAGGCAAACCGACUCGAUCGCCGGAACACGAGCAAUCAGUAGGGCUGUGAAAACGCCUGCGGUGUUCAACCGGCAGCGAUAUAGCAAUCAAGAAGAAAGGAGGCAUAAAGAUUAUUCCCCGUAUUCUUUGUCGAAUAAUUUGUCCAUACAUGGUUGAGUACGAACGUGUAUUCCCCAAGAUGUUAUUGACAUUCAUGACGUUUGUUAAUCAUCGGCUGAGAACAAGCUAUAGGUAUGUUGUACUUAUCGCUGUCUGAAUGGUUAUUAAGAUCAGAUGACUGUAAAAUGUUCGGAUAUGUUCGGAUAUGUUCAGAUAAUGUUCUCCAAAUUCAGAAUCUUUCUCGGUGAUGACGGGUUCCUAAUGAAAGGUGUAUCAUUUUGGACGAGGCGCAUGAGUCGUGACCUUGGACGUGGCGGAGGAAGAGGCAGCUAUUUGAUGUUAGUUUUCCUUGAAGAGUGCAGUUUCGCGUAGCAGUACAAACCUGGCAUUGAAUCAGCAUUUAACUUGCUGUUCACGAUUGAGAAUGGUUAGUAUAUUAGAAAGUGAAUGUUUCGCAGUUGUCUGCAUCAGGCUUUACUAUAACUGGAAUGUCACCAGAACAUGUGCAAAAUUAACAAUUUCUUCGUUCAAUAUUUUAUUACUAUUAUUCGAUUUAAAUUUAAUGACACCGUCAAGGUGAACAAUUAUUGGUCGAUUAUUUCGUCAUUCGAGCCAAUUAUUUCAUGAAGUUUUAAUUACGGUUACGGGGGAGUCAGGUUUUUGUAUUCUAUAUUUGUCACAUGAUGUGAUUGUAUUUCAUGGCGUGUUUUUCAUGUUUAUUUUAGAAAGUGACCUACAAGCCAGAGGUGUCUUACCUUAUGUUAUAUUAUACCAGUCAUGUAGGCACGUAUAUCACUCUGGAGUUAUGAGUAUAUAUUAUAUGAGUAUGAGUUAUAUGUAUGAUAUAUAUAUAUCAUAUAUAUAUAUAUAUAUGUAUAUAACGUAUUAUAUAUAUAUAUAUAUAUACGAAAUACACUGCAGUGUAUUUCAGUAUUCACCCUAUUGUCAUUUUCAUGAGGCUAUUCUAUGGCAGCGGGCAGUCUUAUUGUCUCAGCAGUGUACCGUGAUUUUGUGUGGUUUGCUCGACAUGUACGUUCUAUAAUAUAAUUGUGUGUAAUUACUA